GCCUCGAAGCUUUUUCAAAUAUUUGUGUAUAAAUAACCGACAAUCGUUCGUCUAGCGACUACUUCCAAACUCGAAUCUAUUCUCUGUUCUACCGACCAAGUCCAUCCCAAUGAGCGAACCUCAGCAAUCCAGAAAUCAAAGCGUCGGCGACAAACUCAAGGGCGGCGCAUUCAAGAGCGUCAAGGCUGUUGGCAAUGUUUUUGAUGACUUCAAGGCAUUCCUUAACAAGGGAAAUGUCGUCGAUCUUGCUGUCGGUCUUGUGAUGGGUGCUGCCUUUACAGCAGUCGUUACCUCGCUUGUCGGUGAUCUCAUUACCCCACUUAUUGGUCUUGCUACUCAGAGCAACUUGGAAAACAUGUUUUAUGUUUUGCGCUGUCCUAAAAACCAGACCAACUGCCGGGAUCUCCUGUAUGGUACCAUAGGCGAUGCUAACAAAGCCGGUGUUGUCACAUGGAAUUAUGGUCGCUUUGUUCAGAUGGUCAUCAACUUUGUCAUUAUUGCCCUGAUUGUCUUCUUUAUUGUCAAAGCUUAUUCUGCUGCCUUUUGCCGUAAGACUGAUGUUAUUGUCAAGGACUGUGUGUACUGUUGCAAAGAAAUCCCCUUGGAUGCCACCCGUUGCCCCUUUUGCACAUCCCCUGUUCAGAUCCCCCAUUCGGAUUCGGAUAUAUUGACCAAAAACAACGACGAUGUUGCUGUGCAACUUCCCACCGGAUCAAACUACCGUCGUUAAUGCGUUUUCUGAUUCGAUCGCUUAGCAUAUU